ACACGCCAAAGGACCCUGCUUUCCUCUCUCUUCCCUCCAGACAGGAAUCCAUCUGCCUGUGUCUCCGCUGUACAUGUAUAUAUGUUUAAGGAAAGGCUUACCAAAUGGGGAAACACCUCUAGAGCCUCUGCUUUAGAACUUAAAGCUUUUAGCUGAAGAAGGGGGAAAAGAACCAGAUGGCCUCAGCCAACACCAAUAAAACAUGUUCCGACAGAAUUCCACAUCUUGACACAUGAACAAAAAAAUGUUCUUUUGGGACAGAGGAUGGAAACUUGCUUUUGGCCGGACACUUGUCUCACACCCCAGUGACUGAAGGCUUUCUGGUUAUAAAGUACAUGCAAAUAAAAACUCCACGCUUCCUCUGAACCGCUCGCUGCUGCCAAGCCCAAGAGAUGAGGAAAAAACCAACGCCUGACUUGUUUUUUCCACGCGGUUUGGAUGAGGAGGGGCCACCCCCGACAGCUUCACAGUCUGCAAAAUGGAGGGCGAGCUCCUGGGAGCUGUAGUCCGGCCGCGUCGCUCUCAAAAUGGCCCCCAACGGGGAAAGCGCAGACAACUACAACUCUCAGGAUGCAAAGCGAGGUGACGCUAACGGGAAGCAGGGUUGUACUUCUGCUUCCUGCACUUCCCCACCUCCACCUUCCUCCGGGCUUGCGCGGCUUUGGGCUGCAGGAGGGUGAGCAGAGCCAGCAGAGCAAGGCCAGGAUGGGAGAGGCUGAUGGAGAACGUGGCAGCCAGAGAGACACGGGCCUGUGUGUGCUGUGCAGUGCCCACGUUGCUGUAAUGAACGUCCUCUCUUCUGUUGUAGAGAAUAAGACUUGGCUUUGUGAAUGUGGAGACUGAGUAACUGUGGUGGAGCCUGUCCUAUUAGGGUGGAAGUGCUGAGAUCUUUGGUGGCUUUAACUGACCCUCAGGAGGGGAAGCUGACUCAGUCUCAGGAGAAAGCAUUAAAGCUGCUGGACAUUUGGAAAACCGUAUUUACAGCCAUUCCUGGGCCUGCGUUAAGGACCUCAGUGGAGUGAUAGCUCAAAGAUGGGAGAUCAGGAUGAUGCUGAACCCUUCCUGGGCACCAGGACUGCCACUGCAGCAGACUACGAAGGAGCUCAGCCCUCUGACGCAGUGUCGCUCAGCGAUUCUGAUUCCGAUGAUUUGGGAUUAGCAGAUGAAGCAGAAGUUGAUACAAUAUCUCCUGAGGAUCCAUCUGUAGAUGAUGGGGAUUACAGACCAGGGGACACUGCUGACCCAUCAGAAAGCAGCGAGAGGUCUCCUGUUCAGCCAUUCCUUCUGAGGGGCAUGAGUUCUACAUUCUCUCUCCGCAGCCAGAGUAUUUUUGAUUGCUUGGAGGAGGCAGCAAAAUUGUCUGUUCCCUCAAUGUCUGAAGAUAAUGUUGUUGAUGGGAGGUUUAAACGUCCCUUACCUCCAACUACCAUGUCAAGUAAUGUAAUACCAGAAAGCCUUGGAAAGCCAACCAGACCAGUGCAGUCUCCCAGAAUGUCUCCAGCAGUGCCUGACUAUGUGGCACACCCAGAGCGCUGGACCAAAUACAGCCUAGAGGGAGUGUCAGAGUCUAGUGACAAGACUAACAGGGCAGUGGCUAUGGAAUUUCUAGAAGGCUUGAAGAAAAGAGGGGAGGAACAAAGCUCAGCUGCCCAAGACAGCUACACCCCAUAUUUCAACCAGGAUCCUUCCAGCUGUGGAGCUGGGAGGAUUGUAUUCACCAAACCUUCAAAAAGGGGUGUUGAUGGAAUAGAAAAGAAAAUAUCGACAGGAGAGGGUGAUAAGAAACAAAUCAAAACAGAUCUGAAAGGAAAAUCUGUAAAGACUGAUGACAUGAGGGAGGAAGAUAAGGUAGAGCUGGGACACUUAGGUGGUGCUGAUAGAAAGGCAACAGAGGAGGAGGGAUGCCUGAUGGUGGAGAACGUGAAUAUGGAAAAUGAGCAUGGUGUGGGUGAAGAGCCAUUGGCAGAAAAAGUUGGAUUCCAUUGCAGCAAGAAGAGAAAUAGAAAAAAUUUCCGACCUAAAAUAGAUGACGAGGGAGAGGAGGAAGAGUCUUGAGUGAUGGAACGAAUCGGAAACAUGCAAGAAUUUCUAUAAUCUUGUUUUGUUAUGUUUUUGGUUUUUUUGUCAGGGACCCAUGUGAUACCAUUUUGUCUAAUGGUUUGCUUUAUAGCCACCCAGACCACUUUCAUUUUUAUAAAUUAAGCUACUAAAAAUACAUUACAGUCUUUUUGUUAGUGAGAACUUUGCAGGCAAAGGAUAGUUGCAGUCUCGCAUGAGAGAAUAAAGCGUGCUUUGUUUGAGCAGCUCCCUGGGGUUUGCAUUGGAGCUCAAGUCAUCAUGAGCACCACAGAAAAAACAAUUACCCCACAUUUAGAGCUUUUCCUAAGUCCUGUAGAAUGUGGGAACAGAGGUGAUGAGCUUAUCAUGCGGAAUUGUUUAAACAAUGAAAAUAAAAACAGGUCUUCCACUAGGUUUGAUUUCUCCCGACCUGUCCUUUUUACAUUCUCUUUGAGAGUACAGCAUGAGGUUUAGAGGGCCCAGGUGGGUGCUGGCAAACCAACUGUUUUUUAAUGUGGUUUCAAAUAUUUAACUCACUGUUACACAAAAAAACCAGGUUAAGAAAAUACCAUUUUUUCCUGCAGAUGGGCACAACUUUGGAAAACAUUCUAGUAAAGACACACUGAAGAUCACUACUGCCAAGUCUCAUCAUGUUGAGUGUAGAUCAGUUAUGCAACAACUUCUCUUAGUACUGUGAUGUGUUGAUUUCUUUUGCCUGCAUAUUUGUUUAGCCUUUCCAGAUGGCCCUGCUUCCACAUUUCUUGGUGUACAUUUGGUGGGAAUCAGGAUGUUUGUAGAACUCGAUGCUUUUUUCCUUGGAAUUCAAUAAACUUUCAGUUGUA